UUUGGUUUUUUUACACCACUGAGCUGCUGUUGUUGCUGAGGAGCAGAACGUCUCUUCAUCAGCUUAUCAUUUUCACCACAGCACGAGUGACUGCUUUACCUGCAAAUGGCCCCCUGGUGGCUGACCUGCAGUACUGCAGCCUGCCUGCUCCUUGUUCACGUUGGCCCAGUCGUCACUCAGUCCUGCGGUGGUUUUCCAGGGAUUCCUGGGGUACCGGGCACCCAUGGCCCCAACGGCUUAGACGGCACCAAGGGAGAGAAGGGAGACCCGGGUGAGACAGGUCAGCCUGUCAGGGGACAGAAAGGGUCACCAGGUAUGCGGGGCCCACCUGGACGGCCUGGGCUGAAGGGGGACUUGGGUAUCCCGGGGCCUCCUGGUAAUCCAGGCCGGCAAGGCGAUAAAGGAAGACCCUUCAACUCUGCCAACGAGCAGAAAUCCUUCUUCUCCUACAAACGGGUUUCAUCAGAUCCACCAGAGACCGACAUAGCCAUAGACUUCAACAACAAGAUUUUGCCGGAUCUGGGUCCACAGCUUCAAGGAGAAUCCUUGACAAAUGGGACGUACACCAGCGUCAUCAAAGGCAUUUAUUUCUUCAGUUACCACGUUUCAGCUAAAAGCAGAGUGUGUCUGAAGCUGAUGAAGGGCAGUGAUGUUCACACAACGCUGUGCGACACGGCCGAUGGGUUUCUGGUCACCUCCGGCUCAGCGAUGCUGGAGCUUGAGGUCGGAGACACGGUGUCUCUGGAGUCCACCAGGUACAACAACAUCGUGACGAGCCCGAGCACCAGCCACACCUUCACCGGCUUCCUCAUCUUCCCAACCACCUAGACCCCCACCCUGAAAACAUUUUAAUUAACAUCACAGACUUUGUGACAUCACAGCACCUGAAUCAAUAAAGACUGGCAUUGAAGUACAACA